CUGUCAGUACAUAUUCAAUAUCAAGUUGUAUUAUUCCUGAAAACCUUCCCAUUAAUUCAUAGGGAUUAGUGGACAUAUGUUUAGUAGAGGCACAUAUAGACAGUCAGUCAAUGAGGCUCAUUGCUAAAAAUACAAACCUCCGGUGUGUUUAUCAUGUCCUUUGGGGUCUUAAGAAAUUGCGUCACUAGGAAGAUUAAAGUAAUAGCUUUACCUAUACGGUCCGUCCCGGUGGAGAUGCCCUGCUCAAAUGCUUCACAUGCGUUUCUGUUAAAGGAAUAUGGCCGCCACCUUGUAUUCAGUUUUAACUAUAGCGUUGCUAUUCUGUCGAGUUACUCCUGGAUCAACAUCUUGUUUACCCGGCUGCUCUUGCACAAAUGACAACUUGGGAAGAUCCCUACUUUGCAUGGAAACAGCCAUGGGACGAAUCCCAGACAAUGUUCCAAAUGAUUUCAGUAAAAUUCGAAUAGAGAAUUCUCAUCUGACCGAAUUACCCCGCGGCUCCUUCUCUAAAGUUAGUGCCUUGGUGUCUCUGUGGUUGAAUUUCAACGACAUCACCCUAAUGAACAUCAAGAGUCUGGAGGGGCUGACGAAUCUAACCGAACUACGGCUACAGGGGAACAAGCUGCGUUCAGUCCCAUGGACAGCGUUCCAGGAUACGCCGAACCUGAAGAUUUUGGACCUGAAACAUAACCGACUAGACGUGCUCCCGGAAUCUGCCCUGAGACAACUUCCAGGCCUGACCUAUUUAGACUUAUCCUUCAAUCAGCUUACUGUCAUAUCCAGGGAUGUCUUCCUCAACUGGCCUCUCCUCAACGCUCAGGAGAGAAAAGGAGGUACAGAGCCCAGCAGUGGAGAGGCCAACGUUGUUUUAGCGCUGCACGACAACCCUUGGCUGUGUGACUGCCGCCUCAAAGGUUUCGUAGAGUUUAUCAAAAGUGUUAGUCCGCCUCUAAUUCUGAUGAACUCGUACCUGAUGUGCACGGGCCCCAGUUCCAGAGCGGGAAAGUUCUUCCACGAAGUCGGUUUGAAAACAUGUAUGAAGCCCGAGGCCUCGGCCUCAGAAAGCAACAUGACGGUGUCACUGGGGGACAAGGUAACCCUCCGGUGCUUAGUCAAAGCCAGGCCUGACCCCGCCAUCCACUGGUCAUACAGCCUGAAGAUUAUACGGGGAUUUACUGUCUCAGAGACCCGUGUGGACGAUGAGACCAUCAGAUCUCAGCUGGUCAUCCCAUCCCUUCACCUGGCGGACCGAGGCGCUUACACCUGCUUCGCCAACAACUUCAUAGGCAACUCCUCCGUCAGUGUCCUGGUCAACAUCAAGUCUUUCAACGCAUCCUCCUCCUCCGUCGGUGCCGCCAUGUCUCUGCCCCCGUUCCCCCUGGCCUCAGCCGACGAGAACGUCUACAUUGACAUCCGCAUCUCCAAGCAGACGGUCUACGGCAUCACUCUGGAGUGGUACGCUGCGACGGACAACCCUGCAGAGACCUGGUUCACCAUCCACUUGGGGAAAUACCACUCUGACAAAAAGGAGUUGACAUACAUCGGCCCGGGCAUCAACACCUAUUCGGUCAACGACCUCCUACCGGUUACUAAAUACGAGGUGUGUGUAACGCUGAAGAACCAGAUGCCCCGCGCCGGCCAGUGCAUCGUGUUUGUAACAGGAAGUGACAUCAGUCAGCUGGAACAACGGGAGAAGCUCAUCCAUAUUAUCGUAAUCGUGUGCGCCAUGGUGCUGGCGGUGCCCGUGGGGAUGUACGCCUGCACCACCGACACCAGAUGUAAGUUCAGCUGCCUGGACCGCUGUACGGAGCAGUGUAAGAGGAGGAGGAGGCAGGAGAAGACCCUGAGGACCAAUGGGGAGAGACAGGGGACCUUCGACAGCCUCCAGGCCGCCAGCGAUGAAGGACUCUGUGGAGACUCUGAAGAGGUGAUGAAGAAGAGGAGUAAGUCCUCAGACGAAAAAAACAACCACAGGGGAAAAGCACAAGAUCUACCAGAGACAACCACUGGAGCAAAGCUAUAUUAGCUGUAGGUUUAAAGUAAAAAAAUAUCCACUAGAGACAACCACUAGAGACAACCACUGGAGCAAAGCUAUAUUAGCUGUAGGUUUAAAGUUUAAAAAUAUCCACUAGAGACAAUGCUAUAUUAGCUGUAGGUUUAAAGUUUAAAAAUAUCCACUAGAGACAACCACUAGAGACAACCACUAGAGACAACCACUAGAGACAACCACUAGAGACAACCACUAUAGACAACCACUAGAGACAACCACUAGAGACAACCACUAGAGACAACCACUAGAGACAACCACUAGAGACAACCACUGGAGACAAAGCUAUAUUCGCUGUAGGUUUAACGUUUUAAAACGUGUACAAGACGUCUAGAGGAACACUUAUCUGUAAUAGUGGGGAACAGUCUUAUGUGAAGUGAAGCGUUAGGAAAUACAUUUGUUAAGCUUCAAGUUGUCAUGUUAAGAGUGAAACGCCUUUCUCCAUGUCUGUAGAAAGAGUAUAUUGUUAAUGAGUUUAUAUACUGUAUCUAUUUAUCUUGAUUGAUCUCUGUUUUAAAAGAAAAAUGGAGAAUUCAUCUCAUCUGGCAAAAAAAAAACCUGUUAAUUCUGUACAUGCAAUAUAGUUGCACAUAUGUUCUUGUCUUCAGAAUGUAAUGGACUGCAUUUCUUCACGGUUCGAUGAACCUCUCCUAGGUUCAGUUAAAUAUACAUGAAUACAUACUGUAUACAGCCUUUGCACUACUACCUACGUAAUGUAUGAGGCUUCUUUGCUACUCUUUUCCUGUUUUUGACUCACUUUGGGAUCGUGGGGGUGGGAUGGUGAGGAUUAGACUUGGGGGUGAAGGUUGUUGGGAUUAGAGUUAGGGGUGAAGAUGGACACUUGAGACAACACCAUCCUAAUUGCUCCCUACCCAGAUCCCAUUGACCUUAAGCUUUUGAUGUUUACAAAUCUGAAGGGUCUGGAUUAGGGUUGUACAAUUCUGGUAACGUUCACAAAAUGUUCAGGUUUUCCAGAAAUCCUGUUUGGCGAUUCAUGGAAUCAGGAAAUCCUGGUUGGAGAUUCAUGGAAUCAGGAAAUCCUGGUUGGAGAUUCAUGGAAUCAGGAAAUCCUGGUUGGAGAUUCAUGGAAUCAGGAAAUCCUGUUUGGAGAUUCAUGGAAUCAGGAAAUUCUGUUUGGAGAUUCAUGGAAUCAGGAAAUCCUGUUUGGAGAUUCAUGGAAUCAGGAAAUCCUGGUUGGAGAUUCAUGGAAUCAGGAGGGAAUAAGCAGGACAUCUGCAAUUGCCCAACCAGGAUUUCUGGAAAACCUGGGAAUUUUAGGAAAGUUACUGUCAUUUCGUAACCCUUGUCUGGAUAGGUUAUCCUAUAGGAUAGGAUAGGAUAGGAUAGGUAUAAGAGGUUUAGUUGUGGGACUUCCUGCAGAUCUGUAAACAUCCAAGGGAUAGGGCCAACAGGAAGGGAGUGCAUGUUCACAGACUAACACUUUGAUUUUAGCACCACAACUCCAAAGGAUGUGUUAUGUAGAAGCGUUGUUUUGGUGCGUGUUUAUUCAUACACUGGUAAAGAGAUUAUCAUAUAUUGUUUUUUUUAUCAUCUGUAUCUUGUAUCUCUCUAGAUCUUAAUCUUAACCACACCUGUGUACCAAAUGCCACCCUAUUCCCUAUACAGUACACUACCCCUAUGGGCUCUGGUCAAAAGUAGUGCACUACUCCCGGUG